CGUUUAGUUACAAUCCCUUCCUUCCUUCUUUCAUUCCUUUCCCUCAUUUUCCUCUUUUCUCUCUCCUUUUUCCCCUUCACAUGUCUUCUGCCGGCGGCGACAGGGGCGGCGGCGCUACCUCCGGCGACCCUCGCCAAUACUUCUGCCACCAGUGCAACCGCACCGUCUCAAUUUCCCCUUCCCCCUCCUCCGAUCUCCUCUGCCCCACUUGCAACGGCGGCUUCCUCGAAGAACUCGAAUUCCCAAUCCCCAACCCUAACCCUAACCCUCCCAAUCCCUUCUUCCCCGACUUCCCCCUCGCCGGCGCCGCCACCAUUCCCCUCGUCCUCCCCGGCGCCGCCGCCUCCCCUCCCUUCGAGGAUCUCUCCGCCCUCUUCGGAAACCGACCCGACGCCGCCGCCGAUGCCUUCAACCCCCUCGUCUUCCUCCAGAACUACUUCCAAACCCUAAGAGCCGGCGGCAACCUCCAAUUGGUGAUAGAGUCCGGCGACCCUGGCGGAGCGUUCCGCUUCCCCGGCGUCACCCACGGCGACUACUUCUUUGGGCCGGGCCUCGAGGAGCUGAUCCAGCAUCUCGCUGAGAACGAUCCCAACCGUUACGGCACCCCGCCGGCCUCCAAGUCGGUCGUCGAGGGCCUGCCGGACGUCUCCGUCACCGAGGAGCUGCUGGCGUCGGAUUCCUCGCAGUGCGCCGUGUGCAAAGACACCUUCGAGCUCGGCGAGACCGCGAAGCAGAUCCCCUGUAAGCAUAUAUAUCACGCGGAUUGCAUUUUGCCGUGGUUGGAAUUGCACAAUUCUUGCCCCGUUUGUCGGUAUGAGUUGCCCACAGAUGAUCCUGAUUACGAGCAGAGGGCUCGUCGUGGUGGUAGUGGUGGUGGUGGUGCUGCCGGCAGUGGGGCAGCUCCACAGGUGAAUUGGAACAUGGCAUUGGGGUCCGGUGGUUCUGCGGAUUCAUCUGGUAGCGGUGGCGGUGAUAAUUCACAGAGGAGAAGGUUUAGGGUGUCUUUGCCAUGGCCGUUUAGGCAAUUUGCUGAGACAAGUAAUGUUGGGAGUGGCAACAAUGAUAGCAACAAUAACAACAACAGCAAUAGCAAUAGUGACAGUAGUGGAAAUAAUGGUGGGCAAUCGAACUCUGGAAACCGGGGGAAUCAGAAUUUUGACUCGGAGACCAGACAGGAAGAUCUCGAUUGAGAGCCACUCGUGUUUUAUAUGUAUCAAGAGUUUUUCCAAAAUUGCAGCAUUUUGUUGAAUAGAAAUGAUGCUAAAUAUCAAUUAGUGGUUAGUGACAGUUGAAAAUUUUAUAUUUGAUUAUAAUGAACUUACACAACUGUCCAUCACCAUUUUUUAGAGUUCUUUAUAUAAUUAUAUGUACAUUAUUGAUUCAAUAUUUCCUAAAUAUCAAUUAUAUGUUCUUUAUAUUC